GUUUUUCCUGUGUUUAAUUUAAAAUCUACUUAAUUUUAGUGCGAAAUAAAAAAUAAAUUUUUACUCAUGAUAUGGGUGAAGAUCCCCGACCAUUGAUGGAUAACUCUUCUCAACGUGGACCCCCACCAAUGAUGCGACCACCCAGAGGACCAUUUGGACCUCGUGGUCCCCCACCUGGAUUUCGUCCUAGACAUCCAGGAGACUGGGGGCCAAGAGGGCCACCCCCUGGAAUGUUUGGCCCCAGAGGCCACCCACCAUUUGGCCCUCGUGGUCCACCACCAGAAUGGGCUUUAAGAGGGCCUCAUCCUGACUUUUUUAGACCAAGAGGUCCAAUGGAUGGACCAUUUAGAGGGCCACAUGGCGAGUUCGGUCCUCGGGGAGAAAAAUUUCCAGGAGAAUUUAGUGACUUUCGUGGACUGAGACCAGACAUGUUUAUGGGUCCUCGACCAUUUGGUAUGAGACCAAUUGGACCUGCCGAUAAUGGACAAUUUGCAGAAGAUGAUUUUGGCUCUGCUGAUUUCAAUGGUUUGCCUAGUUCAGCAGAAGGUCAGCAAAAAAAAAAGAAAAGCAAGAAGAAGAAGAAAAGUAGUGCUGAUGAUGCAAAAUUUCCAACACAGAAGGCAAAGGAUCCUGUUAAAGCUGAAGACAAGGAGAAUGGAAAAGAUGGAGAGGAAAGUGACGUAGAUGAGGAUAAGUUGCUUGCAAGUGAUGAUGAAGACGAUUCAUCUUCUUCUUCAUCGAGUGACAGUUCUGAUGGAGAUGACACUGAUAAUAAAGGGGAUUGUGCCCCACAGUUGCCAAUGCAAGCAGGAGGAUCAAGGCCUGGCCAACGUCCACCAUUCAGACCACCUUUUUCACAUAUAAAUCGAUUUCCAGGUAAUCAAAGAUUUCCAAGUCAUCAAAGGUUUCCAGGGCCUAGGUUUCCAGGUCAGAGGUUUCAUCGUCCUCCAUCCAAUCAACAAGAGCCAAGAAUAGUAAACCAACCACCACCACCACGUGUUGUUAUGGCUGAUGGCUCAUUACAACGUCCUGCUGUAAUCCAGCAACCAUUGCACCAGUCCCCACAAUCAGUUCAGAUUAUGCAACCUGGACAGGUACUUGUUCGGCAAGUGAUACCAGGGCUAGCUCAACCAGUUCUCAGAGCUGUCACACUUCAGCCUGGCCAAGUUUUGCCAGGGCAACUUCCUGGGCAACAUGUUAACAUACAAAACAUUGCUGCCAUGAGGCCAGCUACAACGCUACUCCAGCAACAACAACAGCAACAACACAAUCUGCAGUUGCUCAUUCAACAACGUAAUGCGACAUCAACAUCUGCUGGCCAUGUAUCUGGUGAAACAACGAAUGGGACUGAAGCAAGGCUACCAAAACAACUAGGAGGACUUCAAGUGGCCAACCCUGGUCAAGUUAUUGCACCUGGUCUUAAUCAGCCUCAGUUUAGUAACACAUUACCAGGACAACAACGACCAACUUUGCUGCCCACACCAAACGCUUUACAGACACAACUCCGACCGAAUGCAGCUGGCGGCCAACCUAUGUUCAUUCCUAGCUCCGGAGCUACUCAUGGUCACCCGGGACAAAAUUUAAAUGCUACGCUACAAGCUAGCCAAGCCUUGAUUUUACAACAACAACAGCAACUGGCUGCAGUGCAGCAACAACAGCUAGCCUUGCAGCAACAACACCAGCAACAAUUGUUGCAACAGCAACAGCAACAGGAAUAUGAAAGAAGAGCUCAAGAUCAACAAAGACCAGACGGAAAAAUGCUGCGUCCAGAUGCACGUGACAAUCGACGAAAACGCGAUGACUACCACAGAAGUAGACGAUACAACCGCAGCCGCUCGCGAUCUUUUUCGCGGUCAAGAUCAAACUCAUGGUCAGGUUCCGACUCUCGCUCAAGAAGUCGAUCAUCAAGGUCGCGAUCAGGUUCAAGAUCCCUGUCUGGUUCCAGGUCACGCUCAAGAUCGUGGUCAUCUGCUGAAGGUUCAAGAUCACCUAGUCCACAAAGACGCAAAGGAGGAAGGGAACGUUACGAUCAAAAUGCUAGAUCCUCAGAAAGAUACGGGCGACAGAAUUCCCAGCAACAUAGAAUGCGUGGCGAGCAAAAACAUUCCUAUACCGGAAAGGACGAGCAAAAAUACGAAGAGUUGGAGCGCCAAAGAUUGAAAGAAAGAGAAAGGAGAGACAGAGAACGUGAUCGAGAUGGUGGAAGAGAAAAGGAUUAUAUUCCGUCUAAGAGACGAAGGGACGAUAGAGACGGAGAUGGUCGUGAUCAAAUGCAAGAUGGACGAUCGAAUGAAUCAAGAGCAAGACGGGACGAAAGAAAGGAUUCGUCGAAGUCAUCAGCACGAGACCAUAACACAUCUAAAGACCAAUCUCGAGCAUCAAGCAAUCCUGAUAUCGGAAAUAGAGUUUUAAUCAGUUCACUGCCUGCCAGUAUGUCUGAGCGCAAGUUAAAGCAAUUGAUGCAGUCUGUUGGAGAAGUCGAGAAUUUGAAACUAUCCACCACCAGACAUAAAGCGCUAGUUGCUUUCACAAGAAGUUCCACUGCCGUUGCGUGCAGAAAGAAAUUUCAUAAGUAUGUUAUCGACAACUGCAAACUUUUGGUUGAGUUUGCUUGAUAACUUUUCAUAAUGCACACUAAACAGAUAUUUAGAGAGGCGUUCAUUAGAUGAGGCGAUAGAAAAAAGCGUUAAUUAGACGAUUACGGUGAAACUUGUUUUCAAUCUAAUAUGCGUCUGAUUAUAUCAAACGAUAAUACACUUCUAUUUUCUUUAUUUUUCUAGCGAAAUAUGACGUUUGUGUUGUGUGACUGUUAUUUUAACUUUAUAACAAUUUGAGAAUAACUUUAAAAAUAUUUAUAAAUUUGCGAUAUUUGAAUCUCCAAAAACUUCCUUCAGGAUAGCCACUACUCCUAGAGGAUUCAAAAAUGGGAAAAAUUCCUGAACAUUUUUCUAAAUAUAUUUUUGAUUUGGUUCAGCUUUUUAGUCCCCAGGUUAUGGGAACUGUUUACGUUGUCGAACAAAAUACUCAUGAAAAACAGGUUACAAAUCAAUCAACAAAUUAAUUAAAAAGUUUUAGAUUUUGCUGAGCCUACAACAAACUUCACAAAUUUCCUCAAUUUUAAACAUGAAUAGUACUGCAACCCAAUAAGUUUUCAAUUAUUAUUACUGUUUUGUUUAUUCCUGUCCAUAUAUUUACCAAAAGAUUGUCGAUAUUCUGAUUUUUCAUUUAUAUUUACUUAUACUACUCCGGUUUAACAAUAGUUAAAUUUUGUACCUGAUGAAACCAACUAGUUUAAGGCUUUACCUCCUAUUCCACCUUCCAUUCCUACUUCCAUUUCAUUUCCAUAUAGCUAGAUACGGAUUCGCAAAUUUAGUGUUUCCCCAUUACGUGUGUUGAAGUGCUUUUUUAAGAUUUGUAUCGGUUUAUUAAGAAGUUGUUACAGCCAUUUGUGACACAUUUAAACAGGAUCUAAAUUGAGUAAAUGUUUUAGCGUCACACAGCCAUCGUUAAUCCGUUUUUAUAUUAUACAAUAUCCGUUAAUCCAUUUUUAUAUUAUACGGUAUUCGUUGAUACGUUUUUAUAUUAUACAGUAUCGGUUAAUCUAUCUUUAUAUUAUGCAGUAUCCAUUAAAUGCAUUAUCCGUUAACCCGUUUUUAUAUAUACAAUGAUAAUCCACUUAGAUAUAUGUAUGUUACUGGUUUUCAACGAUAGAAAAACAUAAAUGUUCAAUUAAGAUAAUAAGAAGCAAAUAUUGUUAUUAUUCAAAUUAAUUCUCGUCCAUUUUAAUUAAAACACAUUUGGAGUGUUAUUGUGUUUAGGGUAAAAUGAUGAACUGUAUUUUUCGUCGUACGACCUGUGUCUGACUGUACAUCUUUUUCGUUCACAUAUAUGUAUAUAAUUUUUAGUUGGUAUAUAUACAUAUAUAUAUAUAUAUAUAAACUUGUUAAUGUGUAUUCUCUUCUUCUAAGAAAAGUGCUCAAUACGUUACGCAGAGUAAAAUAUUAUCUUAUGUAAAGUAAAAUAAAAAAUACACAAGUGUAUGUAUGUGUACAAGUGUAUAUAUGUUAAAAUGCCAAUAUAUAUUGGCAUUUUAACAUAUACCCGUAUGGGUAGUGUGUGUCCGUCCUCAGGUGUAUAUUGUAUCUUUAUUCUCGCAUUGAAGGCAAAAAACAAAAUACUUAGAAAGUGUAAUUUAGAAUACACUUAUUUCCUAAAAUUGGUGUGUUUGAAAUUAGAAUAUUUGUAAAUGUUUUUUCGUCUAAUUAGCAUAUAAAAAGUUCGCUUUGAGCAGUCAAGGCUUUUUAGUUGGGUCUGCUCUUGCUUUUGCACGUUUAUUUAUGACAAUUUGUUGAUAUAGCAUUUUUAUUUUUUAUGUUUAAAUUCCUUUUAAUCUUUGAAUUUGUUUGUGAAAAUUAAGUUUUAAACUCAGUAAUUAAAAAGGAAAGCCCAGGGUUUCUCGGAAGUGAAUAUACUCCUGCUUCAGGAAAGCAAGAACAAGAAAGUCUCUUACUUACCAAGUUAAAAGUGCGUGUCCUGCUUAUAUACUGCUCGCCUUUGCAAUUUAUAUUUAAAAUGAUGUACAAACUAUAGUUUAAAAAAAAUCCUACGAUAGCUUUAACCUCUUUCAAAAAUACAUUCAGGUGAACAAAUGUUUUUACUUCGAUUGGGCUUCAUUUGUUUUGUUCAUUAAUAUACACACACUAGAGUUUGUAGGUUGUGACCAAUACUUUGUUUAAAGGUGUAUAGUUUAAAUAGAUGUUCAUACAAUAUGUAUUUACGUGUGUUUAUAUAUACGUUAUUUUAUUCAUUUUACGGUUUUAUGUCAUGAUGAUUUUUAAAUCUAGUGUGACUGUACAAGCAAGUAGUAAAUUUGCAUCGCUUAUCAAAAUGUGCGCGUGAUGAAAAUUGUUCACACAAGUUUAAUGUAACUCCAGCUAACUUUUUUCAAUGCAAUAAAAUCUGUUAUGAAUGUCGCCUUGCGUAGUGAAAGAAAGCAAGUUUUUUUUAGUUGAUGUUGGCCAAAAAUAACUCAAAUAAGUAACUAACUUCAGUUUUAUGUAUAAUUGUUGUGUUAAUAUACUUUUGUUUUAGAUCAGUUUUUAUUUAGCCUACUAAUCUGUAAAAUGUGUUUUAGCCCAUUUUUGUGAAUAUUUGUUUGCCAGAAUUGUUCAAUUUUUUUUCAGAUAAAACCUGCUCGCUAUCUUUCUAAAACCUUAUUUCGAGCCAUAGUUUUGCAUUUGCACUAGUAUAACUCCCGACGUUUUUCAACUACCAUGUAAAAUGUUUUUCUUUUCUUUCUUUUUGUUAUCUAGAGAAGACUAUUCAUCUUUGAGAAAGUGUUCAAUUAUGCACUUUGUACACAGUGAAAACAGUGCAAAAUCUAAAGAAAGUUCUUUAAACGUUUUUCGCUUUAAACUGUGCUCUUUGAAAUCGCUUUUUAUUGUGCAAAUGUUAGCUUUGAGUCGAUAUUUAAGUCGGAAACAAAACAAGAGUUACGAAAAGGUCAUUUUUUAAAAAUUCUGUUAGUUUGAAGUAGUUUUUAUCGUGAGAGUAAAUUAAUUGGAAAUACGGCGCUCGUCAUAUGUUUAAGUUUCACUAGGGCAUUUUACAUUUUCUUUCUAGCACAAAUCCUAUGAUUAAAGUUUCAGUGACAGUCAGUAAUUUCUAUAUCCGUAAAGCAAAACUCAAAGAAAAUGGCGAUUGACGAUAAAGAAAAUGAAAGCGAAAUGACAGCGAUUGUGCCUCAAUGUGAGCUGUAUCGUAUGUUGCAAAUGUGGUGUAAAAAUUCAAGAAAUACGACGAUAUUAAAAUACAGCAUAUAAUUUUAGAUUGUAGAUCAGAUCUUUUUUCUACAAAAGAAGAUAUUGUUCUUUUUGUUA